UGGGAAAGUCGAUCCGUCGAUUCUUCGAUACCCCGAUUUUUUGAUACAUAAUCGAUAAUCGAGGAUCGGCGAAAAUCACCGAUUAUUAAAAUUCUGCAGGAUGUAGACGUAAAGUGCUGCCUAGCAGCGGUUCAUCGCUGUCGUUGCAGUAAUUUUAGUCAGUUUUACAACUAAAUAAAUAACCAUAAACGAUAUAAUAAAUAAUAAAUGAAAUAUAACAUAGCUUACCACAGCUCAGUUGCCACAAUCCCGUAAGCGGGAACGGAGGUUGGCGAUUUCGUACUGUGCAUUUAGGGUUAUUUAUUUAUUAACGCAGUGUUAUCGUAUAAAGAAAUUGUAGCCCAACUUUUACUUGCUGAAUACACCCACAUUGGUAGCCAUGUGCACAAAAUUUCAAGAUUCUACUGAGAAGUGUGCCACGUUUUCUACGUUUCUAGUAUAUUUAUUCACUUGCGUUGUUGCAUAUUUAUUUUCGUCAAUGAUUUUUUUUGUUAACCAGCAUUUGUCUAUACAUGAACUUUCACAGGUUUGCCAACUUCCGGUACAGAUCUUAUUCUCAAUUACUUAACGAUAAAAUGCAAGAAUAAUGUGGCCAUAGCCCGUAACAUUUUACGAGUUACGUAUUUUCCGUAAUUUAUUUAAUAACAGUAAACAUUAAAUCACCAGUUAAUUACGCAACUUAAACAUAAAAUUUCAAUGGACGUUUUUGAAACACGUUUUCAUUCCAGUAAGUUACCAGUACGGCAACUGUAGAAAUUUUCUUACAUGCUUUUGUUUCCAGUGAUGCUUCUUUGUUUGAAUGUUGGGUAAUGUUAGCGCAAUACGAAUAGUAAAAUAACAUUUUUAUUUACGUGAUGUCUAGUGAAGUGUGGAAAUACUUUGUCAUCGACCGACAAAAUUCUGGCUACGCAAUAUGUCAAAUCUGUAAAUGUACAAUCUCACGUGGCGGUAAAUCUAAAACUACAACAAACAUGAAAAAACAUCUCGAAAACAAGCAUGGGAGUUACGUUCAUGAGACGAAGAAACAAAGGCUACAUUCAUCGGAAUUGAGCGAGAUUGAAGAAAAUGAAAUAGAUGAUAGUUCAGCACAAAAUUGUUCUUCAGAGACAACCUUGCCAUUGUCAUCAAAUUCAGAUGUUAGGCCUACUGCUACUGAUUCAUCGAGAGGCAGCGGUUCAGUGUCCCCGAGGCAUGCUGAGAAAGUUGGCCAAACGAAUAUUUCAUCAAGAACACCAAACCAGUAUAGGCUAACUCCUAAAAGUCAAUACCAGCCUACAUUACAAUCAUUUAUUGAUAAAACUGCACAAUUCAAGUCCACUGAUCCUCGUGCAAAAUCAAUAACUCAGCACAUAGGUAGAAUGAUGUGCUUAGACAAUCGUCCUUUUAGCAUGGUUGAAGACAGAGGAUUCACAGAAUUUGUCAAAUUCCUUGAGCCUAGGUAUGUUUUGCCCAGCAGAAAACAUUUUUCAAAUACUGUUGUACCACACAUGUACCAAGAAUGUAGGGAAAAUGUGAACAAAAAGUUGGACGAAGCUGAACAUGUGAGUCUUACAACAGAUAUGUGGACUUCAACAGCCAAUGACGAUUAUCUUGGUCUAACUGUGCAUUUUGUUGAUUCCAAUUUUGUCUUGCAACACCUCAACAUUGGGGUUAUUCCCUUUCCUGAAUUAUCUCACACAGGGAACAAUUUGUGCAAUUUUAUCACAGAAACACUUGAAGAAUGGAAGCUGCAAUCUAAAGUUGUUGCCAUUGUAAGAGACAAUGCCAGGAACAUAACUGCUGGCCUAGAAUCAUCCGAAUAUGAACAUCUGCCAUGCCUAGCACAUACCCUGCAGCUUGUUGUAAAGGAAGGGCUACUGAACAACAAGAAUGUAAAUAAUCUGAUUGCCAACGGUCGUCGCAUAGUUGGCCAUUUCAAACAUUCUUGUAAGGCGACAAAAGAGUUAAAGAAGGCUCAAGCCACGCUGAAAAUGAAAAAACAUAAACUUAUCCAGGAUGAACCAACGCGUUGGAAUUCAUCUCUCCAUAUGCUACAGCGCUUACUUGAGCAAAAACAGUCUGUUUCUUUAGCAUCAGCAACUCUGCAGUUACCUGUGACUUUUUCAUCAGCAGAAUGGAACCUGAUGACAAAUGUAGUAAACCUUUUAAGUAUUUUCAACCAUGCAACAUUGGCUGUAAGUACUCAGUGUGUGACAGCCUCAGAAGUCAUACCUAUAAUCAACAGUUCUACUGAAGAGCUAAGGAAACCAGCACCUACUGGAUCAGGUGUACAGGGCAUCAAAAAUGAUAUGCUUGCUGCCAUAACUUUGAAGUAUUCUGAUGUUGAAGAGAAUAUGUUGUACGCAGUUGCAACAUUACUGGACCCACGAUUUAAACACCAUGUUUUUGUGCAGGACGGUAAUGUCACAAAAGCGAAAGUUUUUUUGAUUGAAGAAGCAAGAAAAACUAUCUGUUUGAAACAACCUGAAACUGAGUCUGUGCCGCAAACAUCCAGCCAAGCAAUGGAAAGCCAUGGUAUGUGGACAUUUUACUCAAACAUAAUGAAGACUGCCCCAAGUGUAAGCCACAUCGCAUCAGUUGAAGAUGAGAUUAAUGUUUACUUGGAAGAACCUAUUCAAAAUUCAAGUACCAACGUUUUCCAGUAUUGGAAAGAAAAUACCAAGUACCCAUGUUUAAAAAAACUGUCAAAGAAAUUUCUUUGCAUUCCACCUUCAACUGUACAUUCCGAGCGAUUAUUCAGCACUGCAGGACUGAUUGUUGAUCAGAAACGGAACCGUUUAGAUCCUGAACGAGUCAAAAUGUUGGUUUUUUUAAAUAAGAAUUUGUGAUCUAAUAAGAAUUUAGGAUCUAAUAAGACUUUGUGAUCUAAUAAGAUGCUUUGCCAGUUUUCAUUUAUUAUUUUAAGAACUUUCAAUUUUAUUUUGUCAAAAGUGUUGUUUUUAUGAUAUUUCACUAUGUUGUCAUUUAUUUCAAAGGUAUAAAGAUUGAAUUUGGUAGUUUCUGGUUUUUUACAAUAUUUUUAAUAAUCACAACUUUUUGUGGCUAUUUAAAGUUUGAUUGAUAAAUGUUAAUGAUUGUACAUUUAGUAAUUAAUAUACUAUUUAUUAAAUUGUAUUCCAAUGAAAUUGUUAGUAUUUUGAUGACUUUACGACAAUUCACUUUUUAUUAGUACUACUGACCUAUUACUAAAUUACGUAUUCUCUUUUCAAAAUUACAUAUUCAACUGGAUUAAACAUAAUCCACAUAAAAAAUAAUGCUUGCCCUACACAUUACACAUUACAGAAUAGUAAUUUCAAUUUCUUUAUUUCAAGUAAUGUAAAGUUUUGUUUUAUGUGUUAAAUUUAAUAGUAUUUAUUUAUUAUUUUGAAAAAUGCUUUUUUAGUGUAUUCAAUAAGUAUGUUUACUGAUUCCAUUGUAACUUAUACUUCAAUCCCGAAAAUGAGAAUCUAUAACUUAACCUAAUUGAUUGGAAUCGAUAAUCGAUAAGAAUCGAUGAUCGCAACAAGACUCGAUAAUCGGUAUCGAAUCGAAAAUUUUGAAAAUUUCCCAUCCCUAGAAAUUUUGUUGUUUCACACAACAAAAAAAUAAUUAUUAUGUUUGUCCAAUAAAUUGAUAAUAUCAAUUGGAAAUACAAAAGAAAGCAAGGAAAAUUUACAUUUGAGAUAUCCACAUACUAAUUCGUUUUUGAAAUUUACUUGCUGUCUCACGAAUCUAUGACUUACUGCGUG